AUGAAGAAGUGUACAGUAAUUAUUAUUUCUACAGUAGCUGCUUUAUUAAUAGCAGCAGGUCUGGCCGUGCUCAUCUGGUGGCUUGUGCAAAGUGAAGAUUUAAUCGAGAUAAUCCAACUCGAAGGCGAUGGCUUUGAAGGAAUCCGGCAUUCAGCUGCCUUUACAAGGAUACCGAGUUUUGGUGACAUGUUCUGGUUAUUUUACCCAACUGUCGCGAGCUCCCCUACUUCACGUCCCAUCAUUCUGUGGCUAGACGGAAUAACAGGCGUUCCACCAAGUCUUUUGGCCAAUUUCGGAAUGUUUGGUCCACUUGAUUUCAAUUUAAACCGAAGAGAAGGUUCUUGGAUAGAAGACUACAAUUUAUUGUUUAUGGAUGCGCCAAUAGGAACAGGUUUUAGCAGAGCAGAGAAUACUAAAAGAAUCUCCAGCAAUAUUGACGAUCAUGUCGACAGCUUGUUACACGCCGUAGAAUCUUUUUAUUAUCUUCACGAAGAAUACUCAGAAACCCCCCUGUACAUAUUUGGACAAGGUCAUGGAUCGCAACUGGCUACGUUAUUAGCAAUACGUCUUACCGAGACAGAGCGCUUUACGAAUAAUGUUAAAGGUGUAGCAAUUGGCAACGGCAUAGUAGCGCCAGCCGUGGCUCUCAAUCAACUCGGCUUUUACCUUGAGGAGCUUGGAUAUAUUGAUCGGAAUGGCCGAAACGCUAUCGAGGAACUUUCGGCAACUGUAAACAACUACACUAACCACGAGCAAUACGAAGAGGCCUUUGACUUGUUCGUGACAUUGGGAGAAUUCAUUAAUGAGAACGCCGGUGCAAUUGCAGUUAACCUAAAUCACAUAGUGGAGAAAUUAACCCGUGGAUCUACUAACGAUUAUUUCGGCACCAGUCAAUAUGUACGAGACAUAUCGAAGACUGACGUAGAUCUUAAUAAGUUUAUGGAUGAAACUGUGGCACCCUUGCUAGGCAUACCAGAUAACGUUAACUACGACGGACAACGCGAAGCUGCCACAAAUGCUUUCAGAUCUGCAUUCAUGAAGCCCACAGUUGAAAGGGUGGAAUACAUUUUACAGAAUUCAAAUGUCACGGUAAUUAUAUACAAUGGGAAUCUUGAUGCGGUUUCAAAUACACCAGGUCAGUUACAGUGGGUUGAGAAUCUACAAUGGCCGGGUCAAGACAGCUUUUUGAACAGCCCUCGGAGCACUCUUAUUGUGAACAGUCUAGUCGAAGGCUACUUCCGGCAGACGGCGAGGUUGCAAUUCUAUUGGAUGAACGCAGCUGGCCAAUCGAUCCCAUUGGAUAGUCCGACUGCGAUGAGUCGAGUACUUCAACGAAUUACUACGAUU